GCUGGGUGCACUGCUAGUCUUUCUUUCUAUCAAGAAACCAGGGCCAUUUCUAAUUCCACUUCAACAUCAUCAAGCGAGCAUUCAACAUCUUCUAGAGAAGCUGUAGAAUUAACGUAAAUUUCAAAAGUUUUAUCAUCAUCUAUUCCAAAGUCGGUACUCAUUUUGUGGUAAUAGCAUAGAAGCACAACUUGUAACUUUAGAAUUUCUUCAUAAUCGCUGCACUAAAAUGGUGACCGAAAUCAAUGAUAAGCUUGAAUAUGAGAACCAAAAUCUAGGCGAAAGCAGUUCAGAUGAGUGCGAUCCCUGCCCAGCUGGGGCGCUUUCAUCUAAAUUCGAUCGGACAGAUACGUCAAUUAAUACGAAUCCGCUUCCGAACGGCAAGUAUACGUUGAUUGGCAUCGAUAUAGAUACGACUGGUCGUAGACUGAUCGAUGAGAUUGUUCAGGUCUCCGCCUACACACCGGAGCACCAGUAUUCGCAAUACAUUAUGCCGUUGAUGAAUCUGAACCCGGCUGCUCGCCAGCGUCAUCAGGUUCGUGUCAUCACGGUCGGUUUCUUCCGCAUGCUGAAAAGUAUGCAGACGUAUAGAGUAGUCAAAACUAAAACGGAAGUGUCGGCUUUGAACGAAUUCAUCACCUGGUUAGAGGAAAGAUACCGAGAGGACGAAGGGUCUGAUGGCGUCGUGCUAAUCUAUCACGAACAGCGCAAAUUUGUGCCGUACAUGAUGAUCGAAGCACUGAAGAAGUACAACUUGUUAGAUCGGUUUUCCGCGACGGUAAAAUCGUUUGCUAACGGAUUCAAGCUGGCCGAGCAAAAGUGUACCAAAACGAUCAAAUACUUCUCAAUCCGACAACUGGCCAAGCUGGUGCUGGACGAGACUGAAGCCAAAGAUGGUUUCGAGGGUAAUGCGGCCUAUCGGGCUCGUUUGGCUUAUCAGUUAUCGCGACAAUUGUCCAAAGACGAUAGCAAAGUUCAAAAUGGUGACGGGUCUCAUGAAUCGACGGAGCCCCUUAGCGACGAAGUUAGGCCGGAAAACGAAACCGAAGCUGAGAAUCAAGCGAAUGACGUUGACGAUACGGAAGAUGCCCAACCACGAAGCGAUUCCAGCGAAGUCGACGAGGAUGAUCAGCAGCAGCUACUUAACUCGACCGACGUCGAUGUGGUCACUGGGCAGUUGACAUCGGUUCCUGAACCACAACCGCGUUCACGACCCACUACCGAAGCAGAACGGGAAAAGAUGUGCACGGUAUUAUGCGAACUGGCUUCGCCGAUUACCUGCGAAAUCACCGAACUGGACGAACAGGAAAAAAUCUUGCUGCGCCAGAAUUCGCUACGACCGGUGUUUCUGCAGUACUUCAAGACGACUAUCUACCAUAGGGUUAAAGCAGUGACGUACCGACGAGUUUUGGCCGAAUACGGAUACGAUUUUGCCUCGUUACUACAGGUGUGGACCGAGGAGAAACGUGAGGGUUUGGAACAAGUGAUUGCUAAGAUUAGCGAGCUAAAAGACGACGAACGUUCUGAACUCAUUGAAUUACUUGAUUGUCAUUUUGAUCCGGAAAAGCAACAGCUCAAGCCGGUGGUGAAACGAGUUCGUCAUCGCACUUCAAGGGGUCGUCUUUUUUUUGCUAGCAAAGACAGCAACACGUCUAACAUGAACGGUACAAAUUAUAACAAUAACAAAAACCUCAAUGGCAACAACAACAAGGAAAACCGUAAGCCCAUGGGUAGUCAAGGUGGAGGAAACAACAAUCUCGGUCACAACAACCACAACGCUAACGUAAACAACAACAACAACGGUAAAAAUUACUCUCAAUCAUCUUCACCGAACGGUGGUAAAAAAAUCCGUCAGCGCAACCCUCCAAGACGUCGCCGAAACAAUAACACCCAGAACAAACAGAGCGGCCAAAACUUUAACCAGCCGCCACAAAUCAUACAGGCAUCCGUCUAAGAUCUGUAUUCUGAAGAAGAACAAAAAACGUGCAAACUGAAACAUCAUAGCGACAGUUGCAAAAACAUAUUUGAAUAGAAGUAGAAAUUCACCCGAAUUGGAUUUAAAUAGUUCUGGAAUAAGUGCUAAAAUUUCUAACCAUUAAAGCGAGAUAAAUAUGCAGCAUUUUUGAAGGAGGAGUACAGGAAUCUUAUGCAACUUUCGAUGGAAAGCUUCAUUUGACAUGCAAAAUGAAGCUUCUGUUUCUUUCUUUUUAGAAUAAUUUGCUAGAUUUUAGGGGUGAUAUUAGUUGAUAACUAAUCAUAUUUUAAAAUGUCUAUUUUACCAUUACCAUUACACUAUAGUAAUCACAGCUUUUUUUAUUUUCAAUUUGCUGGAGUAUUUUUGGUUCUGAUCAAAAAUGGCUCUUAAAUUGCUUUUGGAUUUUAUAGAAAAGAAGAUAGCUGAAACUCUGCGCUUCUCAAGUUAGGGCAUACAGAAGUAUAGUUGAACAAGAAAAAAUAUUCCGAAGAGAAGUAAGCGCGCGCUUUUCUUCGGACAUGUUUUCAACUUAUAAAAAUUAUGGAAAUUGCUAAUGUCUCUAACUAAAUGAUAGUUCAGUUAAAUCAGUUCAUCUCUUUGGUCCAGCUAUUAUGGCGUAAAGUUUAGAAGAGGAAAACAUAAUAUGAAGAUUGUAAACAUUUGAAAUGUAAUGGAUAGUGAACGUGAGAAGGAAGGUUGAAGCGCAGGUAGCGAUAGGUGGUUUCCACGUUCCACUAUUUCAGAAAAUAAACACUAUUGCAUUGUAUGAGGGUAGCAGAAGAAAAUUUGGAAUGAUUGUGAAAUGAUAUGAAUUUGUUGGUCUAAGAAAUGCAAGGUUCCGUCGUCUGCGAUGUUCGGAGCUUGUCUAUUUGAAAAAUAUAUGGCGAAAGCAAACAAACUUUGUUCAAA